UCGGAUCUGGCAGGCUCUUGGGGAACAGGGUGAGGGGCCCCGCCGGGCCCCUUGGGGUGGAGGGGCGGAGGGGCGGGCCGAAGAGUGGUACCGCCCUCUGCCCUGAGCACACUGCGUUCUGUGCCCCUCCGGCCCGCGCAAUGGGCUGCCUCUUUGGGCGCGCCGUGCUGCGGGCGUUGUUGUGCGGGCCACGCAUUCCAGGCCUGCUGGUGCGCCCCAGUUCCGGAGGGCCUUCCUGGCCCCAGGAGCGUACCCUGGUUGCAGUGAAGCCAGAUGGGGUGCAGCGGAGGCUAGUGGGGACUGUGAUACACCGCUUUGAGAGGCGGGGCUUCAAGCUGGUGGGGAUGAAGAUGUUGCAGGCACCAGAAAGCAUCCUUGCUGAGCACUACCGGGACCUGCAGAGGAAGCCAUUCUACCCAGCCCUUAUCAGCUACAUGAGCUCCGGGCCUGUGGUGGCCAUGGUCUGGGAAGGGCACAAUGUGGUUCACAUCUCAAGGACCAUGAUAGGACAUACUGACUCAACCGAGGCAGCCCCAGGGACAAUCAGGGGAGACUUCAGUGUUCACAUCAGCAGGAAUGUCAUCCAUGCCAGCGAUUCUGUGGAGGGUGCCCAGAGGGAGAUCCAGCUAUGGUUUCAGAGCAGUGAACUGUUGAACUGGGCAGACGGCGGUCACCACAGCAGCUGCAGCCCAGCCUGAGGGUCUGAACGGCCUGCUGUUCUUCAGUGUUCCUCCAUGACCAACUACCUCUGCCAACAAGAACCCAAGCCCACACCCUGCCCAUCUUCAAAUCCACACCCUGUUCACCUUUUGUCCAACUCCAGCCCAGGGGAGUCUAAGCCUCAACCUUAUGUGCCUUGUAUCCUAAGCCAGCACAAUAUUGGAUCAUAUCCUCCUAUAAGUGCCAGACAACCUUUCGGACAUUGUCAGAGGUGAUUUUGCCUGCCCCAAAGGAGAGACAUUAAAAUCUUCUGCUUUAAA